UUUCACCACACUUCCUCUUCUGGUUCAAUUUAAAGAAACGCCAUCAGAGUUCACACACUCAGUCCUAUUUCCACUAUUCAACUAAACUCUUCACAGAAAUGGGUGACAAAGCUCAAGGCGGUAAAGCAUUUGGUCUCCUCAAGUCUCAUCAGGAAGAAAAACUGAACUCUAUCAAUGAGCUUUUUCUCUCAGAUCCCCAAUAUGCAGAAGAGGAAGAUCUUGCUUCAAAGCUUGAACUGUUUAAAAAGAAAUACAUGGAGUUUGACCUUAAUGACAAAGGAGACAUAGACAUAAUGGGUUUGAAACGGAUGCUUGAGAAACUGGGGUUGGCCAAGACUCACUUAGAGCUGAAAAAGAUGAUGUCUGAGGUGGUUGGAGGGUCAUCGAAAGACACGAUCAGCUACACUGACUUCCUGAAUAUGAUGCUGGGGAAAAGAAAUGCAAUUCUAAAAUUGAUCUUAAUGUUUGAAGGCAUGGGAAAGGAGCAGGAGCAGAAAGAAACCGGACCACCUCGACGCAAAACCUUCUCAGACCUGCCCUGACAGAGCACUUCACUCCAUCUGUCACUGAGUUUUACUGGAAUGAAACAUCACUUUAAUAUUUCACACAAUACAUGCCCUUAUUAAGCAUUUAGACAUAUUAUAAAAUGAAAAAAUAUGAUGAAAUGCUGUGAGUCAACAUAGAAAUUUCCUAAAUCAUGUAAGACACUAUUAUGCCACAACAAAAUGAAUGGUGUAUUUAUUUGAGCUUAUCAUUAAGUCCCACGCACACAAACUAUGUACGGUUUUAAUGGUUGGUCUUUAAUUAAAUUUGGACUGUG